UUUACUGGACGAGUCGUUUUGCUCCCGCUAUGACUUUGCUGCCACUGUGGUUUAGAAAUGUUGUUCUUGUUUUUCAGUUUUGUGAACUAUCACAUAGUGCCUUGCCGGACAAACCAGGCAACUGCAAAGCUGGUAAAUGGACCAACUGGGGUCCGUGUUCGGUGACUUGUGGCUAUGGUGGUACUAAAUUUCGUACUCUAUUGACAACACAAUGCAAGCUUUCUUCGGUCGAGUCUAAGCCAUGCAGCAGUGGAGUCGUCAAAGCAAUGAGUGAAGAGAGGCCAUGCAGGCACUUGCAGGACCUCGUUUACAGACGACGUGUGGUACAAGAAGAAAAGUGUUAGUAUAGGCAGGCAACCACGUGGAGUUUGCCUUUGACAACUAUGUUGCACUAGACGACCUUUGAUCCAAGUGAUUAGCGGCCCGUGACUCCGUCUACUAGUAGACAAGCAAUUUGUCGUCUUUCGACAGUCGGUUAAUUAGAUUUUG